UUGUCGAUAUUGGUCUGAUGUUCAACGAUUAUUUGGUGGUGAUGGUAAUGGUCAUCGACAAUCAUCCAACGAUAUUCAAUUUGAAUUUAAUCAUCAAAAACAAACAUUAACUCAUCAAAUUGAACAGAUCGGAAUUGUUUAUCGCGGUCAUCAAUAUCGAUGUGAUGAAUCGAUUGAUUUAUUAAUGGAAAAAUUACAAAAUUCAAAGGAAAUUUUAAAAAUCUGGCAUGAAUGUCAUCAACAACUUGAAUAUCAUAUGAUACCGGAUUUAUUUGAAAAAAUACGUAAACAAAUUAGUGGUAAAUAUUUUUAUGAAUUAUGGAAUAAAGUUAAUUAUGAUUUGAAAAUUGGUUCAAUCGAUCAGAUUCGAUUGAAAGCCUGGACAUUGUGGAAUCGAUUGAAACCAUUUUAUCAUUUAUUAAUGGAUUAUAUUGGUCAUCGAUUGCGAGAAAAAUUCAAUGAUGAUGAUGAUGAUAAUUUCGUAGGAAUCCCAGCACAUUGGUUACGAUCAUUGAAUGGUGCACAAAUGGAUACAAUUAUCGAUCUAAUUCGACCAUAUUCAUUUGGUGAACAACAUCCAAAUGAUAACCAAAUCAACAAUGUUAUCGAAACUGUUUCAAGAUUUUAUGUUGAACAUGGUGGUUUUGAUCCGCUACCCGAACAAUUUUGGCAACAAUCAAAUCUUAUUCAACAAAGCAAUAAUGGUAGUUGUCAUCCACAAACAUUAAAUAUGUACAAUAAUAAUGAUGUACGAAUGAAUGUUUGUUUACAAUCAAAUAAUUUUCAUUAUAAUUUUCGUCGUUUAUUUCAUGAAUUGGGACAUGUUUAUUAUUUUUUCCAAUCAAAUCAUCAUCACCGAAAUCUUUAUCAAAUGCAAUUCAAUUCAGCUUCACAUGAAAGUAUUGGUGAAUUAAUGCGAAUGACAUGGAAUGGUUGUCAACUUCAUUCACAACGAUCAAUUUUACCGAAAUCUUUAUUCAAUCAAUUACGAAUCAAUACUUUGAUGGAAGAAGCACUGAGUACAUUAGUUACAAUACCAUUCGGAUUGAUAUUGGAAGAAUGGCGUAAUCAAACUUUUUCAACAACCGACAAUGAAAUGUCAUUGGAUGAUUCCAAUGGUAUUUAUUGGAUGCUACGUGAACAAAUUCAACAAAUACAGCGACCACAAUCAUUGGAUGAUCAUCAACAAAUAUUGGAUCCAUUGCUAAAAUAUCAUGUUGCAAAUUUUCAACCAUAUUGGCGUUAUGUAUUUGGGGUUUUGUUGCAACAUCAAUUUCAUCGAAAAAUCUGUAAUAAUCAUCAUUCAUUGGUUGAAUGUUGUCCCCGGCCAACGGAUUUUGAUCCAUUACGAAAAUUGUUACGAAUCGAUUUAAUGCAACCGGAAUUUUCGGGUAAUGAUUUGGACAUUAUGGUCAAGAUGUUUGAUUCGAACGAUAUUGACUAUCAAAUCGAACCAUUAUUAGAAUAUUAUCAACCAUUAAUCGAUUGGCUUGGUGAAUGGAAACAACAACAACAACAACGACAGAAUUAAAUGUUUAAAAUUUUAUUACAAAUUUGAAAAUGACAAAUUACAAUUUUUAAAAUUAAAAAAA